GAUGCAGCACCGCCCCGCCUCCAUGGCGCCGCUCCCACUCCCCAUUCCCGCAAUCACCAGCCCCCACGCUUCCAAACCGCACGACGCGCCGGCGCCGGGGCCGAGGGCCGACGCUCCCUCCCUCCACGCCGCGCUCGGCUCCCUGUCCCAGCACGCCCACGACAGCGCCCUCCGCGACGCGUUCGCGCUUGUCGCCCACGCCGAGCGGCAGUCCUCCCCGGCCGCCGCCGUCUCGGUGGGACCUGAGGUGUACGCGUCUCUGCUCCAGUGCUGCGUCGCGUCUGGGUCCCUCCGCGCGGGCCGCCCGGUGCACGCGGCGCUCGUCAAGCGCGGGCCCUACUACUGCCGGAACGCGUACGUCGGCACCAAACUCGCCGUCUUCUAGGCCCGCUGCGGCGCGCUCGCCGACGCCGAGCGCGCGUUCGGCGCGCUCCCGGACAGGGACAGGAACGCCUACGCAUGGGCGGCCGUCAUCGGGCUCUGGAGCCGCGCGGGGCUGCACGCCAGGGCGCUCGACGGGUUCGCGGCCAUGCUCCAGGCGGGCGUCCCCGCGGACAAUUUCGUCGUGCCCACCGUGCUCAAGGCGUGCGCGGGGCUCGGGCUGUUCAGCGCCGGGAGGGCGGUGCACGGGUACGCGUGGAAGGCGGGGAUCGCGGAAUGCGUGUACGUGAUGAGCAGUCUAGUGGACUUCUACGGGAAAUGCGGAAAGCUGGAGGACGCCAGAGGGGUGUUCGACGCAAUGCUGGAGAGGACCGUGGUGAGCUGGAACUCGAUGCUCAUGGCGUACAUGCACAAUGGCAGGAUCGAUGAGGCCGUGGAGCUGUUCUACGAGAUGAGGGUUGAGGGCGUGCUGCCGACGAGGGUCAGUGUUGUGAGCUUGCUGUCUGCAUCGGCGGAGCUUGAGGCUGUUGAUGGGGGGAAGCAGGGCCAUGCCGUGGCCAUAUCAAGUGGGUUAGAGAUUGAUGUGAUUCUGGGUAGCUCUAUGAUCAACUUCUACUUUAAAGUUGGGUUGGUGGAGGCUGCUGAGGCGGUGUUUGAGCAGAUGGAAGAGAGAGAUAUUGUCACUUGGAAUUUGAUGAUUGCUGGGUAUUGUCAGAAUGGGCAGAUUGACAAAGUUUUUGACACUUGUCGAAGAAUGCUGGAGACCAACCUCAAAUUUGAUUGCGUGACAUUGGCGUCCAUUAUCAUGGCUUGUGUAAAAUCUUGCAGUAUGAUGGUGGGUACAGCUGCUCAUGGUUAUGCAGUCAGAAAUGAUCUUCAUUCAGAUAGGACUGUUGCUUGUGGCUUGAUAGACCUGUAUGCGAGUACUGGGAGGAUUGAACAUGCACGUCAAGUGUUCAAUGCCAUGAGUCAGAGAGACCCGGUCUUGUGGAAAGUGAUGAUUUCCACUUAUGCAGAUCAUGGCAUGAGUUCUGAGGCUCUGAAGCUUUUGGAUCAGAUGCAGCUCGAAGGCAUGUCCCCAACUGCAGCAUGUUGGGAUUCAGUAAUUUCGUCUUUUAUAGAAAAUGGCCUGUUCGAAGAUGCUCUAGACAUAUUCAACCAGAUGCUUCUGACUAAAACACGCCCCAACCUACGCACUUGGAGCCUGUUAAUAAGUGGCUUAGCCCAAAAUAGCAUGCAUAAGCAGGUAGCAAAUCUAUAUUUCAAGAUGCAGGAGGUAGAGUCAGCACCCAGUCCAACAAUCUAUUCAGCAGUGAUCCUUGCUGUUAAAACUGCAGCUUCUGUACAUUGUGGAAAGGCAAUUCGUGCAUGCAUUGUUAAAAAGGGCCUGCUGUUGUCCAAAUCCGUGAGACAAUCGCUUCUGAACAUGUAUAGUAGUUUCGAUGAUGGAGGCACGUCGGACAGUUUACUAAGAUCGCUUGCUGAAUGCAGUAAAUAACAGAAAAUGGACCCAACAAUAUGGCACGCCAGCUGUACAUGAUUAUAUAGCAUUGCACAUAGUGAAAUGAUUCAUUUUUGUCAUCAAUGUGGUUGGGAAGUAAAUAUCCACUGUCACUAACAUAUACAGGUUUAUGUGCAGUAAAAUCACUAACAUGCUAAUGUUGACAUUUCUGAUAUGGUAUCGAGCCUGCAUCUGAAUCGACAGGAAUUUUCUAUAUGCCAGAAUGUUCCAAUCAGAAAACGAGCAUCAUGUAGAACCCGGGCCAGCAAGAAAACAGCGUUACUGUUUGUGUUGGCACAGAGCUCGCUCUGGAGGCUUACAGGUACAGAUGUUUGGCCCUUGAAUUAUUUGCAAAAAGGUGCACUGUGACUACGGAUAACAUUUUGGGGGAUGUUGCGCUUAUGUCUGCCCACUUUGCUCAAUUUGUUAUCAAACUGUUCACUCUGUGCCGUGCCUUUUGUGGAAUUGUCAGAAGGCACUAUGGGCAAAUUAUUGUUGUAGUCCUGGUUACAGUUCAGACAAUAUAAUAACAGUAUAUUCCAUACUGUAAAGUGUAAUUUGCUUAUUUUACAUAUUUUCCAUUCUUUUGGAUACAAGUGUAGAAGAUUUUAAAACUGCUCAGUUUAUUUGUCAUCAUAUGAUAAAGGGUUCUCCAA